UUGAGUGAAUUGUACUGCUUCGCUUCGAUUGGUCGAAAUCAUCCCCUGCCAGUAGGAGUUGUCUUCCUUGCAACGGCGGCAAAUCGCGCUCCGCAACUGGCAACGUUCUUUGGGAAGAGAGCGCCCCUCAACCGAUACGAACGAUAUCUUGAAAUGGCUGAGGCCCUGUCAAAUACUUUUGUUACAAAAGCCGUUGAGGAGCCGAAGACCGAAUAA